CUUUUUAAAAUAAAAAAAAAUGACUUCUAGUGUACCCACUUUUGAAGAGGAGAUUUCUCCUGGACGUGUAGUAACAAUGCCUGCUGACGGCACUGGACUUUCUGUCAUUGAUCCUUGGUUGGAGUCCCACAAUGAUGCUCUCAGAGAAAGAUACUCUAUCUUUAAAAAGAAUGAUGAGCAAAUCAAAAACACGCUUGGCUACGAAGAGUAUACUCAAGGUUGGAAGUACUAUGGUUUCAAUGUUCAAAAAGAUGGCAGUGUUAUGUACCGUGAAUGGGCUCCUAACGCUGUCACUGCUAGUUUAGUUGGCGAUUUCAAUAACUGGGACGUGAAUGCUCAUGUCAUGACCCGUAAUAAAUACGGUGUAUUUGAGAUUCUUGUCAAACCUCUCGCCAAGGGAAAAGUAGCUAUCCCCCACGGAAGCAAAGUGAAGAUCACCAUGACAAUGCCUCAUACCAAUGAGCGUAUUUACCGUUUACCUGCUUGGAUCAACUAUGUUACUCAAGAUCUUAGUGUUAGUGCUACUUACGAUGCUAUCUUUUGGAACCCUGAAAAACAAUACGUUUUUAAAAACCCUCGUCCCAAGAGACCUGCAUCAAUCCGUGUUUAUGAAGCUCAUGUUGGUAUCUCAUCUCCCGAUCCCCGCUGUGCUACCUACAAAGAAUUUACCAAGAAUAUCCUGCCUCGUAUUGCCUAUGAUGGUUAUAACACUAUUCAAUUAAUGGCAGUCAUGGAGCACGCUUAUUAUGCCUCAUUUGGUUACCAGGUGACAUCAUUUUUUGCCCCUUCUAGCCGUUAUGGUACUCCUGAAGACCUUAAAGAAUUAGUUGAUACUGCUCAUGGCUUAGGUAUCACUGUUUUACUUGAUCUUGUCCAUUCUCAUGCCUGUAAGAAUGUUGCUGAUGGUCUCAACGAGUUUGAUGGUUCUGAUCACUGUUAUUUCCAUGCUGGACCUAAGGGUAGACAUGAGUUAUGGGAUUCCAGAUUGUUCAAUUAUGGUAGCUUUGAAGUUAUGCGUUUCCUCAUGUCUAAUUUAAGAUACUGGAUGGACGUUUUCAAUUUUGAUGGUUUCAGAUUUGAUGGUGUUACAUCUAUGCUUUACAAACACCAUGGUAUUGGUUAUGGCUUCUCUGGUGAUUACAAUGAAUAUUUUGGCGAUAACGUUGAUGAUGAGGGUGUCAUGUAUGUUCAAAUUGCCAAUCAUUACUUACAUACCAAGUAUCCCGACGUAGUAACUAUCGCUGAGGAUGUAUCUGGUAUGCCCGGCUCUUGUCGCCCUGUUCGUGAAGGUGGUCUUGGUUUUGAUUAUAGACUUUCAAUGGCUAUUCCUGAUAUGUGGAUCAAGAUGUUGAAGGAAGAGUCGGAUGAUGAUUGGAAGAUGGGCCAUAUUGUUCAUAUCCUGACUAAUCGCCGUUACUUGGAAAAGACUAUCGGCUAUUGUGAAUCUCACGACCAAGCCCUUGUUGGUGAUAAGACAUUAGCUUUCUGGAUGAUGGACAAGGAAAUGUAUACCAAUAUGAGUGACAUGACUCCACUUACUCCAGUCAUUGAUCGUGGUAUGGCUUUACAUAAAAUGAUCAGAAUGGUAACUCAUGCUCUUGGUGGUGAAGGUUAUCUUAAUUUUGAGGGUAAUGAAUUUGGUCAUCCCGAAUGGCUUGACUUCCCUCGUGAAGGUAACAAUUCCAGCUUCCAAUAUGCUCGUCGUCAAUGGAAUAUUUUGGACGAUCCUUUAUUGCGUUAUAAGUACUUGAAUGAAUGGGAUCGUGGUAUGCAAUUAACAGAAGAGAAGUACGGCUGGCUUCAUGAUGGACAAGCUUACGUUUCCAGAAAGAACGAUGGCGAUAAGAUCAUUGUAUUUGAGCGCGGAAAUGUUCUCUUCAUCUUUAACUUCCAUCCCACCCAAUCCUUUACUGAUUACCGCGUUGGUGUUGAGCACGCCGGUAAAUACAAGAUUGUUUUGAACUCUGACGAUAAGCAGUUCUUGGGUCAUGGAAGAGUUGAUAAUAGCACUGAUUUCUUUACUUCUCCUGGAGAUUGGGACAAUAGACCUAACUGGCUUCAAGUAUAUAUCCCUAACCGUACUUGUUUACUUUUGGCUAGAAACUAAAGAAAAAAAAAACUAUCAUAUAACCUGUAAAUGCAACCCUUUUAUUACCCAUCAUUGAUCAUUAUUUUAAUAAAUGCUUUAUUAUAAAUACAAAA